GACCCCAGAGCUCUCUCUGUCCCUGACCCUGAAGUCACCUCUCCAUCAAUAGAGAGGAGAGGGCCCGGCCUCUGUCGCCUGCCCUGCUCCCCUUGGGGACCCGAGCCCGUUCUCUGACCCCAGCUUGGAGGAACUCGGUGUUGCCAGGCCGGGGAGGGAAACAAUGGGCCUUCCGGAGCAGGAUGACACCCCCUCCAGUCACAAUUCUGGAGCAGCAGCGUGGGAGGGAAGAUGGAGGGGCCCACCCUGGGGCCUGUUAGUCCUUAGCUCAUCCCCACCCCCCGAACCCCGGGGAACCUUUGGCACCCCCGGACGCCCAGGCUGGGUGAAGGAGGGCUGAGAGCGCUCCCGACGUCCCAGCUACACUCGGACACGAGCCACUUCGUUUACAGCCCAGACCACUCUGAAAACGGAAGGUGUUCGCUUUCGCCCGGAACCCUUGAGCACGCAGCCCGAUCCCUUGAAAGCCAGAUUCGGACUACGUUUCCCGUGAGCACGCGCAGCCCACGCUCCGCCUCCUUACCCGCGCAGUGUUUCAUCUCGGUGGCCGGUGGCCGGAGAGGGACAAUGGUUUCCAUGUCAGCAGAUAAACGCGCUGGCGAGGGGGAAGAGAUGCAGUGAGUGAGAGCGUGCCGAGAGCGACGAAGCAACGGGAGAUGGUGGCCUAUAGUGCAAGAGCCAUGCCGCGCCGAGGCCUGGUGGCCGGGCCAGACUUUGAGUUUUUCCUGCGUCGGUAUUUCACGCCGGCCGAGGUGGCCCAACACAACCGGCCGGAAGACCUUUGGGUAUCUUACCUGGGAUCCGUGUACGACCUGACACCGUUGGCUCAGGAGUAUAAGGGAGACCUGCUGCUAAAACCCAUCAUAGAAGUCGCAGGCCAGGACAUCAGCCACUGGUUCGAUCCGAAGACCAGAGACAUCCGCAAGCACAUAGACCCGCUGACCGGCACCCUGAGAUACCGCACCCCCUGGGGCCGCUUUCUGCACGUCCCGCCGCAGCUGCCCCGUUCCGACUGGGCCAAUGAUUUCGGGAAGCCCUGGUGGCAGGGGUCGCGUUAUGAGGUGGGGCGGCUGUCCGCCAAGACCCGGAACAUCCGCAUCAUUAACACGCUCACAUCGCAGGAGCACAUGCUGGAGGUGGGGGCCCUGGAGUCGAUGUGGGAAAUCCUACACCGCUAUCUCCCCUAUAACGCACAUGCUGCCAGCUAUACGUGGAAAUAUGAAGGGAAGGACCUGAACAUGGAUUAUACCCUGGAACAGAACGGGAUCCGGGAUGAGGACGAAGAAUUUGACCAUCUCAGUGUGGACAGUGCACCUUACACACCCGCGAUACUGCUGUACUUCAACGAUGACCUCACAGAACUCUAGGAAGGGAGAUAUAUGCUCAUGUAGACUUAAGAUAUAUUUUGAGUUUGGCUGCUUCUGUGUCCUAUAGGAGAAGAGGUGCGUGUGGCGGUGCUGGAGCCAGACCCCCUUUCUGUUCCGGCCGCUGGCCUGUGGUUCCCCAUGUGUCUCUGAGGUGUACAAGUCCUGUUUCCCAGGCCCACUAGACUUUGCUCUGAGAAAGUCGGAGAGCAUGCGAGAAGCGCAUGAAUCGAUUCCCAGGAACGAUCCAGAAGGUGCGGGAUCUCGGAUUAGGGAGACGUAGAAGGGGUCAGUCAGAGCUCAGGCGGAACUGUCUGACGGUCAGAGAGAGAGAGGUCCCCCACGGGGAUGAGCGACGGAAGAACCUCGCGGCAGCGAUGGAGACGGGCCGGGCCGCAGGGAGACAGGACCUUCCCCAGGCGGGAGCAGGAAGUGUCGGUCACUGGCCAAACAAAACUGCCUUGUUUCCCUUCUGAAGAGCAGUUGGCAGUCGCAACCCAAAGGGAAGAAAGGAAGCCAGCGGUUAGCAGGUAAUUCAGGCUAGAUCUUACGCUACGGGCUUCGUUUGCCCUGCUUAAUGCGACGACCCUGUAAGAGGGACACCAUCACCGUAAGGCUUUGGAAGCUUAGAAAGACUUUUUGUCCCCGUUCGGCUUUGGUAAGCGAUUGAUGAACCUGGCGGCAUCCCAGCUAGCGAGUGGAGGGGAGCUCCCUAGGCUCGGCAAGGUUUAGUGGCACGAAGGCACACUACCUUAGUGGCUGGGGGACAAACUCGAGAGAGCACCUCACCGUCCGAGGCUUGCUGGAGGGACAGGACGCCGGAGCCCUGGUGUGUGGUUUGGUUGGUUUCUGCAGUUACGGUCUUUGGAAGGGAGUCAGCAGAGUUCUGCAGUGGCCGAGCGGAGGCAGGGGGGAGGCAGGGGGGGCUGCCAGCUGAGCAGGAGCUGUUGAGGCUGCUUCCUGGUUGAUCCCACAGCAAAAUUUUCUUCUUUUUUAGAGGAGAAGAGGUAGAUGCGGAGCGGCCGCAGGGAAAACGAGUGGAGGAAGGGCCUUUAGAUGGGGGACAAAAAGCAGGCAAUCGUGACGGGCCUGGGCCCCUCAGGGAAGGAAAGAAUGUCUGCCUUGCAAGAUGGCAGGCCUUACAACAGUAAUCUAGAGACGAGCCAAUGAGGUCAGGAAACUCAUGUGACCGAGGGACAGCCAGCGUGGCGGGGGAGCAGUGGCCAGAUGUGUCCCCUUCAACCUCAGCAGGGGCGGGGAACGAGAAUGACAGACCGGUGGGCUUCCUGAUGGUCGCAGGCCCAAAAGAACUGGGGAGAGGUGCGUGCACCUGCUGGCCAGGGGUGCCGGGGCCCGAGCAGGGGACCGUGAGGCGCUGGGCGGGCCGCCGAGGUGCUUUCUGAGGGGCUGGCCGGGAAAGGCAUGGACGCAGGUGGAGACAGGUGCUGGCCUCGGCCCCUUCUGAGCGCCCCGUGAGACCGAGGGCUUCCGCUCAGUCCCAUGUUAUGCGAGAGGGGCCGUGAAGUAUCUGGGUCUUUCUGGUGUUCGGUCCACUCUGGGGUUGUUUCACACGCGUCCAGUUAAACCGACGCCUCGAGAACCCGAGCCACGCGGCUGCCCUGCGGCCUGUGCCUCCGGGAGGGGCCCACACCUGCCCCCCUUCCAGAGUCUCCUACCUCGGUGUCUCGUGCCAGAAGCACUCGCCUCUCCUCGCACCCUGGUCACUCUCCAGGUCGUUCCCAGCUCCUAAAUGUCCCUGGAAUCCAUCCUCUUUCCGCUUCUGCCCCCACCCACCACAGCGUGGGUGAGCUCUGGAAACCAGACCGAGGCCUCUGGCUCUCCCCCUCCAGAUUCUUCAGCGGCUUCCGGUUGCUUUGGGAAUAAAGCCCUCGAAGUCCAAACAUGCUGUGUAAACCGGCUUCCGCCCACCUUGCAAGUCUCACCUUUGUUCUGUGUGUUCCAGCCGCACGGCUGUCUCGCAGCCCAUGAAAUGUGUGCCUGCCCCAGAACCUUCACGCGUGCUGUUCCCUCUGCUUGCGCACCCUUCCGUCUCCCACCUAGCUGAAUCCUCAAUGGUUCUUCCUCAGGAGAGCUUCUGGGGUUUCUUGGUGUUGAAAGCAAGACUCUCUGCUAGAUCAUUUCUUAGCGCCACGCACAUUUCAGAGUACUUCCUACGGUUUAAACUUUAAGAUUAUGGACGUAGCUGGCCGGCUGGCAGCUAGAGAGUAGUAGGGACCACGUAUGUCCACCCUGUUCACCGCUGUGUUCCCGGUGCUGGGCACACAGUUGCUGCUCAAUAAAUUUUGAUGGUAUGACCUCAAA